AUGCGGAGCUGCCUCCCCUGGAUCAGAUGGGGACGAUUCAUGAGUAACGGCAGACUGGCCCCGGGACUGACUUUAUCUUUCCUUGUCUGUCUCUUGUAGGCUGACCAGUUGACCGAGGAGCAGAUCGCAGAGUUCAAGGAGGCCUUCUCCCUCUUCGACAAGGAUGGAGAUGGCACCAUCACCACCAAGGAGUUGGGCACAGUGAUGCGGUCCCUGGGACAGAACCCCACUGAAGCUGAGCUGCAGGACAUGAUCAAUGAGGUGGAUGCAGACGGGAACGGGACCAUCGAUUUCCCGGAGUUCCUGACCAUGAUGGCCAGAAAGAUGAAGGACACAGACAGCGAGGAGGAGAUCCGAGAGGCCUUCCGAGUCUUUGACAAGGACGGGAACGGCUACAUCAGUGCUGCUGAGCUGCGUCACGUCAUGACGAACCUGGGAGAGAAGCUGACCGACGAGGAGGUGGACGAGAUGAUCCGAGAGGCCGACAUCGAUGGGGACGGUCAGGUCAACUAUGAAGAGUUUGUACAGAUGAUGACCGCAAAGUGA